GUCUCUCUGUUUGUGUGCUUCUCACGCUCAUCAGCCAAAAGAGUUUGAGAUUCAGAGAGAAGUUAGAGAGAGAGAGAGAGAGGGAGAGAGAGAAUGGCAGAGUCCAAGACCGUACACUCACCGUUGCUGACAUAUUUUUCCGUGCUAUCUCUACUUACACUGUGUCCACCCUUUGUUAUCCUACUAUGGUAUACAAUGGUAUAUGCUGACGGGUCUGUGUCCCAAACUUUUGAUUACUUGAAGCAGCAUGGGCUUAAGGGACUCAUAGAUAUAUGGCCAAGACCCACUGCCACUGCUUGGAAAAUUAUUGCUUGUUAUUCAGCCUUUGAGGCUGCACUUCAACUUCUUCUACCUGGGAAAAGGGUUGAGGGCCCAUUAACUACAAUGGGAAAUCGACCUGUUUAUAAGGCAAAUGGUAUGGCGGCAUAUGUAGUGACUUUGGUUACCUACCUUGGACUUUGGUGGUUUGGGAUAUUCAACCCCACAGUUGUUUAUGAUCAUCUGGGAGAAAUAUUUUCGGCGCUUAUUUUUGGAAGCUUUGUCUUUUGUAUUUUCUUGUACAUUAAAGGUCAUGUUGCACCAUCUUCCACUGAUUCUGGUUCAUCUGGAAACGUAAUAAUUGAUUUCUACUGGGGUAUGGAGCUGUAUCCUCGAAUUGGGAAACAUUUUGAUAUAAAAGUUUUCACAAACUGCAGAUUUGGGAUGAUGUCAUGGGCAGUUCUUGCUGUGACAUAUUGCAUAAAGCAGUAUGAAGUUAAUGGGAGAGUGGCCGAUUCUAUGCUUGUGAAUACUGUAUUGAUGCUAGUCUAUGUUACAAAGUUUUUUUGGUGGGAAGCUGGAUACUGGAGUACCAUGGAUAUUGCACAUGAUCGAGCUGGCUUUUAUAUUUGCUGGGGAUGCUUGGUAUGGGUUCCAUCUAUCUAUACUUCUCCAGGCAUGUACUUAGUCAACCAUCCUGUUAACCUCGGAACUCAGCUAGCACUUUAUAUUCUAGUGGCAGGCAUUCUUUGCAUAUAUACCAACUAUGAUUGUGACAGGCAAAGGCAAGAAUUUCGCAGAACAAAUGGAAAAUGCUUAGUUUGGGGAAAAGCUCCUUCAAAGAUAGUUGCCUCGUAUACUACCACAUCGGGGGAAACAAAAAGCAGCCUUCUUUUAACCUCAGGAUGGUGGGGAUUAUCUCGUCAUUUCCAUUAUGUACCAGAAAUAUUAUCUGCUUUCUUCUGGACUGUCCCAGCUCUCUUCAAUCAUUUCCUACCUUUCUUCUAUGUGAUAUUUCUUACUAUCCUUCUUUUUGACCGAGCAAAAAGGGAUGAUGAUCGAUGUCGGUCCAAGUAUGGAAAGUAUUGGAAAUUAUAUUGCGAGAAGGUUCCAUACAGGAUCAUCCCCGGGAUCUACUGAUCAUACUAAACCAUUCUUGGAAUCUACGGAAUAACAUUGUCUCUAUUGAUCAUACCAAACCCUCUAUUUGAGUUAAGCAAUAUUGUAUAUUGCUUAACUCAUGCUAGGCUUACUUUGCGAAAGUUGCUUUUGGGGUGUACUGGUGAUAGUCUUGUAGUACAAUGUACGAUGUGUAUUAGUUUCUCCAAGGCUUUUCUAUGAUCUAGGGAGGAUUUAGCUUUUCUCGGUAUUAAAGAGACACUUAUGUGGAAUUUUGUCUGGAUAUCUUAUUUAGAUCACUUUUCUAAUGUGUAAUGAUCAAAUUUUAGCAAUAAAAUCUUCCUCAGUUUUAUUGGUUUGGCAGGAAA